UCCUCCCCUGACUCCUCCCCCUGUACCCCAGCCCGGCCAGAACGGCCCCCGGGACAGAGCGACGCGGAACCCCGGGCGCCUGGGUCCCCAGCAUGAUCCUCGGCAGCCUGAGCCGGGCAGGGCCCCUCCCUCUGCUACGGCAGCCCCCCAUCAUGCAGCCCCCGCUGGACCUCAAGCAGAUCCUGCCCUUCCCACUGGAGCCGGCCCCUACCCUGGGCCUCUUCGGCAACUACAGCACCAUGGAUCCUGUGCAGAAGGCUGUGCUCUCUCACACGUUUGGGGGACCCUUACUCAAGACCAAGCGGCCCAUCAUUUCCUGUAAUGUCUGUCAAAUCCGCUUCAAUUCUCAGAGCCAGGCGGAGGCACACUACAAGGGUAAUCGCCACGCCAGACGAGUCAAAGGCAUGGAGGCCGCCAAGACCCGAGGCAGGGAGCCUGGCACACGGGAACCUGGAGACCCAGCUCCACCAGGCAGCACCCCCCCCAGUGCGGAUGGCGUAGCCCCCCGUCCAGUUUCCAUGGAGAAUGGACUGGGUCCAGCCCCAAGGUCCCCAGAGAAACAGCCUGGCUCCCCAUGUCCUCCCAGUGUUCCAGAGACUGGCCGGGGUGUAACCAAGGGUGAAGGGGGGACUACAACCCCAGCUUCCGUGCCUGGGGGUAGCAAGGAAGAGGAGGAGAAAGCCAAGCGGCUGCUCUACUGUGCUCUGUGCAAGGUGGCUGUGAACUCCCUGUCUCAGCUUGAGGCACAUAACAAAGGUACUAAGCACAAGACAAUUCUGGAGGCCCGAAGUGGGCUGGGACCCAUCAAAGCUUACCCUCGACUGGGACCUCCCACCCCUGGGGAGCCAGAGGCUCCUGCCCAGGACCGAACCUUCCACUGUGAGAUCUGCAAUGUCAAGGUCAACUCGGAAGUCCAACUGAAACAGCACAUCUCCAGCCGGCGGCACCGAGAUGGCGUGGCUGGAAAGCCCAACCCACUACUGAGCCGGCACAAGAAGCCUAGGGGCGCAGGAGAGCUGGCGGGCACGCUGACUUUCUCCAAGGAGCUGCCCAAGUCCCUGGCUGGCGGCCUGCUGCCCAGCCCCCUGGCGGUGGCUGCGGUGAUGGCCGCAGCCGCAGGCUCUCCGCUGUCCCUGCGCCCAGCUCCGGCCGCACCUCUUCUGCAGGGACCGCCGAUCACCCACCCCCUACUCCACCCCGCCCCUGGACCCAUCCGAACUGCGCACGGCCCCAUCCUUUUCUCCCCCUACUGACCUCAACCUCGAACAGCCCCACUCAACCCCCUGCCUCCAGCCGGGACCCAAGCCUUGGGCUCCCAGCGCGCCCCUCCUCCCGGCGCUCCCUGAAUGAUCUCUCCUUCCCCCCCACCCCGAGGUACGGGGUUCCAGGAAAGGGGAGGGGUAGCAGCGGGGGAGGGGGGCUUCAGAAGGGGGGGAACACCCCAGAUCUCAGGGAACCCCGCCCCCUGCCCUUCCCUCUCCCCUAGAAAAGGGGGGGCCGUCUCACCCCCGAGCCCCCUUGGAGACACCCCCCCUCCCAAAAGCCAUGUCCAUCCAGCCCUUCCCCCCCAAACCUAGCACAAAAUGGGGUUCACAAGCCAUGGUCGGGGCCCGGGGGGGCAGAAAUGGAUUUUCUUGGCAAUAAGCGGACUCUGGGACUCCGGCCCCCUACCCCAAACUGAAGCGCUUCCGUGAACACCCCGUCCUCCGCAGGGGGCGGGGAGCAGGCGGGAUCCUGGGUCCCUCCGAAGCACUUUGGCUUUACCGCCUGCAACCUCACUGUGCCCGCCCCGCACCGGCCCUGCCCCAGGUCUAGCCCGGCCUUCGCAGGGUGCAGCACUUGGGAGCAUCUCUGGCACUUGGGUGGGACCAAGGAGAUGCCCCCUAGACCCUCCCUCGCCUCCUUCCUCCCCAGUCCGGGUUCCAUUCUUUUCACCAGCACCCAUCGCCCAAGGGGUACCGAGGGGGGCAAGGGGUGUCCAGUCCAAGCCCACCCCCGCCUCGCCUUCCGCAAAACUGUGAGCAAAAAGCAAUAGAGCCUCGCCCCCGCCCCUCUCCUUCCCAGCUCCUAGACCUCAUGGCUGUCCCUUCCCGACACCUCCACUGCACAAUCGGGCGGGGGCGUGAUACCCCCACCUCCUCUGUGGUUUCUGUGUUGUCAGUCCUAGCCGCCGACCCGGGAGGGGAUCACAGGCCUUCCCCUCCCCAUCAACUCUUCUGCUUGACAAUGUAGCAACCCCGGACCCCGCCCUCGCCCCUACCCUCUCCUUGACAAUAAAGUCUGGGUUCCUUCUGCCC